CAAUAAGUCGUAAAUCAUCAAGUUAUUUUAGCAAAACUAAAAUGCCACACAAGCAGGCUCGAAUUGGUUCGCAAAAAUUUAUUUCGGGAUGCUCCAAUCAUGAAAAACGCUCUGGAAGCGAUUCCCCUCAUGAGAAAUGA